AUGUUCGGUGAGCCCGGCAAUGUCACAACGGCCGGUGCCGACGGGGGUGGGUUCGAGCAGAAGGAUGUCGUUCAUCUUUUCGGACUUGUCUGUCAAGACUUUCCGGAGGAGAUUGUGGUCCGGGUGGCCAGAAUCCUGUCCGAGGGAUCAAGGUAUGUCCGCAGCCCUCCCGGAACGGGGGCAUCGCCCAUACCAUCAGCGAAAUCGGAGGUAUCAGGGGCAGCAGCAGCAGCAGCAGCAGUAGCCUCCCCGACAACGGUUGGGGUUCGCAGCGACAACAAUUGCAGGAUCACGCCGUCUGGGGCUGAUGAUGCCGGCGCUGUCGCCGAUGCCCCCACCCAAGAAGCCGACGGUGUGAAGUCGCUUCCCUUCGCAGUGUUCCUUCGCGCGUGCAUCGUCUACUUUUGCUUCCAGGAGUUCUUUGAGGACAUACACACGCUCUUCGGCUCCUUAGCGUUCAGGUCGGACAGGCGCAGGAGCAUCAGCAGCUUCGCGGGAGGCAGGGGAGACGGCGGCACGAAAGAGAGAGCCGCGCGGGAGGUCAACCUCCGAAUACUCUUAGACCAGCUCCAGGUCAUGAAAGCGGAGCCGCGGAACCACUUGAGAUACAUCGACGUCAGAUCCACCGAGGAGGCGGUGCGAAGGGGGGGACUGGGGGAGCGAGCCACCCUGCCAGCCUUCUUGGCGUGUCUACUGCUACACUCGGACGACGUGGCAUCGGCCCUGUUGGAGAAGCCUCCCAUGGACGGUUACACCGACCGCCUGGAGGCAUGCCUUGGGCUGUGGAGUGACGGUAGCGGCAACCGUGGGGGGGGGAGAGCUAGUAGUCCCCAGUCGACUCCGGGAGACGGAGGAAGAGCCGACGCCGUUGUGGAGACUUCGGGGCGGAGAAAGAAGGGGGCGCGAAAGGGGAGCGGUGCUGGGCGAGGAUGA